UUUCAGUGGGCCACGUUGCGAAUCGAAAGGGGAGCCCGGGAGAGGAAGCAGCUGAUCUACAAAACCAACUCCAACGGUAUCAUCAUGAAGGAGCCCACUUCCCUGGAGGAGGAGAUCACGCAGAUGCGGCAGAACGGAGACAGCACGGCCCCGGACAGCCGGGAGUUUGAAAUGUCCGAUAUCUUCUACUUUUGCCGGAAGGGCGUCGAGACCAUUGUCGACGAUGAAGUGACCAAGCGCUUCUCGGCCGAGGAGCUGGAAUCGUGGAACUUAAUGACGAGGACAAACAAUAAUUUUCAGUACAUCAGCCUUCGCCUGACCAUCCUCUGGGGGCUGGGUGUCUUUAUACGGUACUGCUUUCUGCUCCCACUGAGGGUCACCCUGGCGAUUACCGGCAUCAGUCUGUUGGUGAUUGGGACCACCAUGGUGGGAUACUUGCCAAACGGCUGGUUGAAAGACUUUCUCAGCAAGCACGUACAUUUGAUGUGCUACCGGAUUUGUGUGCGGGCCCUGACUGCUAUUAUUCACUACCACGACAGUGAGAACAGGCCCAAAAACGGAGGCAUUUGUGUCGCCAACCACACCUCCCCCAUCGAUGUCAUCAUCCUGGCCAGUGAUGGCUUCUACGCUAUGGUUGGCCAGAUUCAUGGAGGGCUGAUGGGAGUCAUUCAGAGAGCCAUGGUCAAAGCUUGUCCUCAUAUCUGGUUCGAAAGGUCAGAGGUCAGAGAUCGCAACCUCGUCGCACGAAGGCUGAGCGAACAUGUGAGAGACCAGGCCAAGCUCCCAAUCCUGAUUUUCCCAGAAGGAACAUGUAUCAAUAACACCUCGGUGAUGAUGUUUAAGAAGGGAAGCUUUGAGAUUGGAGCCACAGUUUACCCUGUCGCCAUUAAGUAUGAUCCUCGGUUUGGAGAAGCGUUCUGGAACAGCAGUAAGUACGGCAUGGUGAACUACCUGCUCAGGAUGAUGACCAGCUGGGCUGUGGUCUGCAGCGUGUGGUACCUGCCACCCAUGACCCGCCAGGAAGAUGAAGAUGCGGUGCACUUUGCAAACCGAGUGAAAGCUGCGAUCGCCCGACAAGGUGGUCUUGUCGAUUUAUUGUGGGACGGUGGCUUGAAGAGGCAGAAAGUCAAGGACACCUACAAAGAGGAGCAGCAGAAACUCUACAGUAAGAUGAUCGUGGGGAACCACAAGGACAGAAGCCGGUCAUGAACUCUCCCCUGUGGGACUCACGGCGCCUGCCAGGAGGUGGGCACACAGAAGGGCACAGCUUCAGCCCUCUCUCUCUGGCCUAUCAUGAACCAAAGGGCACCGAAUUGUCCCAAAGUAGCUUUUUAUUUUAUUUUUUUCUUCUCUCUCUCUACUCUCUCGCGCCAACGAAUACUACAAAGUCAGCCACAUGGGAGAGACAUCUGCCAAAGGCUCUGAGCAGCUGCCACCUGAGACCGUCAAAGGGAAACCAGUGAAUGUGCCCGCCGUUCGUUCGAGGAAAGAACGAGGUGGGGAGCGAUCGCAGGGGGAAUGAUGCGGCAACGCCCCAGUCUCCUUCCAGCCCCAGUGGAGCCACUUGGUCGUACCCUGGGAGUUUGAGCUCGCAGGGUCCCAGCCGUUUCAGGUGGGAAGGGGGCUCGAACCACGUUGAGAGGCUGAGGCCUGAAACUUUUGGAACUCAGAAAUGACUCGGAAGAGGGCAGGGUGCAUUUGUCAGAGACUCUCCGAUGCAUGUCCAAGUGUGUCUUCGUUGUAUAUUGCCCCCCACCUCUUCGUUUUUCAGAUGUGUACUUGCAUGCUUUGUUUUAUUUUUAAACUUUUACGUUGACUAACUGUUUGAUUGUGUCCAGGAGAGCAGCCGCACUGCCACAGACAGUGGACGGAAAGGGUGGCCAUUUCUUUGUCCUCAGCGUGCUCUGUCUGAGGUGAGCUGUCAGGAAUGACCGUGUCCCCUGCACACACCCACCAGUUCAGGUCCUCCCCGGGCCGUCGCUCAGUCGCCUAGCCGACUCUGGACAUCAGGAACCGAGUCCGUUUCAGGAUGAAAGGAACCUUCCUCGUUUGACAAAAGGGUCUUGUCUGCCUCCACGUCACCGCUGUUGUGGAACAGUCUGCAAUCUCGACUUGUAUUCGGUCUGUUGUCAAAUCGCUUGUCUGAACCGCGUGCAGUGGCCUCAGAAAGGGUGGGGGUGGGGGUUGACUGGAAUAAAUCACUUUUGAGUUUA